AUGCAGUUCUCUCUCUUUACUCUCUUAACUAUCUGUGCCUAUGUCACCGCGCUGCCUGGAACGACUGAUCACAGUGCCGGAUGGACGAACGAAAACGCUGCUGUUAGUGCCUGCAAAUGCUCCCCGACAAAGACUACAGUAACCGUUACCGCCACCAGCACCACCACCAGCACCACCACCACUACCACCACUGACCCCCCUGUCACCACCACGGACACCGUCACCACCACAACCACGGAUUUCAUCACUACUACAGACACUUUCACCACUACAGACACUGUCACUUCUACGGUGACAGCUACCUCUACCCACGGGGGUUGGAAUUCCCAUGAGGGUGAGAGCUGGUGA